AUGGCGCGAGACAGAAGCCCAGAACGACGGCGAUCUCGUUCUAGAGAGAGACGUGAAAGAGAUCGCCACGACGAUCGUGAGUCCCACCGAGAUAAAACUAAACGUCGCGAACGAUCAAGAAGUCCGCGAAAAGAAAGAGAUAGAUCUAGAAGUCCAGCAAGAAAGGAAAGGGAUCGGUCGAAAAGUCCUCGUAAAGAUGGCGAUAGAUCUAAGAGUCCAUCACGGAAAGAACGCGGACGUUCCAGAAGUCCUAAGAAACGAGAGGCUAAGGAAAAACGUUCAGAUGAUAAAGAUAAAGGCAAGAAUAAGAAAGAAGAAGACAAAAAGGAAAAUGAAGAAAAGCAAGAAGAAGAACAAAAACCAAUUAAAAAAGAGCCUUUAUCAUUAGAGGAACUUCUUGCAAAAAAGAAGGCUGAAGAAGAAGCCAGAAGUAAACCUGUUUUCUUAACAAAAGAGCAGAGAGCUGCUCUAGCCUUGGAAAGGCGACGUGAACAAGUAGAAGCAAUGAGAGCAAAUGUCGAAAAGCCUGCCAUUGCCACUAUUGAUCUUACAGGAUCUUCUAAGAAGGAUGAUGAAAGAAAAUAUAGAGAAGAUAGAGAAAAAGAACGAGAAAGAGAAAGAGAACGUAAAUAUGAAGAAAGAAAAAAUGCUGCUGAUAGAAGAGAUGAUAAGAAAGAUAAAAAUGAAGAUCUAUCUAAAAAUAAAGAUAAGGAAAGAGAAGAGGAAGCUAUUAAAGCUCGCUAUUUAGGAAUUGUUAAAAAGAAACGCAGAGUCAGAAGAUUAAAUGACAGAAAAUUCGUUUUUGAUUGGGAUGCAUCUGAGGACACAUCAAAUGAUUAUAAUGUUUUAUAUAAAGAAAGACAUCAAGUACAAUUCUUUGGUCGGGGACAUAUUGCUGGCAUUGAUAUUAAAGCUCAGAAGAAAGAUCACAGUAAAUUCUAUGGAAAUCUUUUAGAGAAACGUAGAACUGAAUUAGAGAAAGAACAGGAAAAAUUAAGGUUAAAGAAAGUUAAAAGGAAGGAAGACAAACAGAAAUGGGAUGACAGACAUUGGUCUGAAAAAGAUCAGGAUGAAAUGACUGAGAGAGACUGGCGAAUCUUCAGAGAAGAUUAUAAUAUUACUAUUAAAGGGGGAAAAAUACCUAAUCCUAUUAGGUCAUGGAAAGAAGCAGGAUUUCAUCAGGAUAUAAUGGAAAUUAUUAACAAAGUUGGGUACAAAAGCCCUACACCUAUCCAACGACAAGCUAUUCCUAUAGGAUUACAAAACCGUGACAUCAUAGGUGUUGCUGAAACGGGUUCAGGAAAAACUCUUGCAUUUCUCAUUCCUCUUCUUACAUGGAUACAGUCAUUGCCAAAGAAUGAGCGUAUGGAAGAUGCUGAUCAAGGGCCUUAUGCUAUUAUUCUAGCACCCACAAGAGAGUUGGCACAACAGAUAGAAGAAGAAACAAAUAAAUUUGGUAUACCACUUGGUAUUACAUCAGUGGUAGUAGUUGGAGGUCUAUCCAGAGAGGAUCAAGGGUUCAAACUAAGGUUAGGUUGUGAAAUUGUUAUUGCCACACCAGGUCGUCUUAUAGAUGUAUUGGAAAAUAGGUACUUAGUAUUAAAUCGUUGUACUUAUGUCGUUCUUGAUGAGGCUGAUCGUAUGAUUGACAUGGGUUUUGAGCCAGAUGUGCAGAAAAUUCUAGAGUAUAUGCCUGUAUCUAAUAUCAAACCGGAUACAGAUGCCGCUGAAGAUGCUGCAGUAUUGCUGGCAAAUUACAAUACUAAAAAAAAGUACAGGCAAACUGUCAUGUUUACUGCAACUAUGCCCCCAGCUGUGGAACGCUUAGCAAGAAGUUAUCUUAGAAGACCAGCUAUAGUCUACAUUGGAUCAGUGGGCAAGCCAGUUGACAGAACUGAACAAGUAGUCUACAUGAUAGGUGAGAAUGAAAAGCGAAGAAAGUUAACAGAGAUACUCCAGCGUGGAGUGGAACCUCCAAUUAUUAUAUUUGUCAACCAGAAGAAAGGUGCCGAUGUGCUUGCAAAAGGUCUGGAAAAGCUGGGCUUCAAUGCAUGUACUUUGCAUGGUGGCAAAGGUCAAGAGCAGCGUGAUUUUGCUUUGGCUAGUCUUAAAAAUGGUUCAAAAGAUAUAUUGGUUGCUACGGAUGUUGCUGGACGAGGUAUUGAUAUUAAAGAUGUGAGUAUUGUCAUAAAUUAUGAUAUGGCAAAAUCAAUUGAAGAUUAUACACAUCGUAUUGGUCGUACUGGUCGUGCAGGAAAAACUGGUAAAGCAAUCUCUUUUGUCACCAAGGAAGACUCUGCAGUGUUCUAUGAUCUUAAACAAGUAUUGCUUAGCAGCUCCGUUUCCACAUGUCCUCCAGAACUCAUGAAUCAUCCUGAAGCUCAACACAAACCAGGAACAGUAGUCACUAAAAAACGACGUGAGGAAAUGAUUUUUGCAUAA